AUGGCCGUGCCUCGGCUGGUUCACUCAAGUUCGGUAAGCGCGCCGAGCCCCAAAACGCCCGUGGUACCAACUCCCGGGAAAAGGAUGUUUUCGCGGGCAGCUGGGGCAGGUGAAGAGGCAAAAGGUGAAAAGCAGCAAACCCCAGUGUUUCCUCGGAGUACAAGCGUCAGCCUGCCCGUGAGAAAUGUUUUGGUGAUCCCGGUUGGAAAGGAGAGGACGGGGAGCGCGGGGGAGGGGGGUAAGCGGCGGGGGGAAGGGCAACGGAGUGAGGGGGAGGGGGAAGGGGGGAAGGAGGAUGGGGAAGGGGAGGGAUGGAAGGAGAGGUGGCAGGCGCAGGCGGAAGCUGUGACACGUGCCAUGCAGCGAUUGGACGCGGGGAAGGACGGCAGGGCGGCUGAAGUCGCGGCAACUCCAAGGCGAGCAGAAUCUCCUCCCCUCCCCCCUCACACCCUCCCCCCUCACACCCUCCCCCUCCUCCCCACCCCUCCCCGCCCCCCCAACUCCCUCCCCCCCCCCCCUCCUCCCCCCUCAUGCAUGCUGCGCCGACGCAUGCUGCAGCGAGCAGCAACACCUCCACCCCCGACACCCGCCCCUCUCUUACAGGAGGAGCGUUUGCUCCGCUUGUCCCGCCAGCAGAAGCGCCAACGCAUGCUGCGGCGAGCGGCUGCCGCCCUUCCCACCUGCAAACACUCCCCCACCUUUACCCCGCUCCCGCUCCCCGCCUGCAGGAAGAGCGUUCGCUCCGCCUAUCCCGCCAGCAGAAGCGCGAACGCAUGCUUUUGCGAGCAGCCCCCUCGUCCCCUCACCCCUCCUCUACCCACUCUCUCUUUCCCUCUGCAGGAGGAGCGUUCGCUCCGCCUAUCCCGCCAGCAGAAGCGCCAACGCAUGCUGCAGCGGGCGGCUGCCGCCUUUCCCACCUGCAAACAACCCCCCCACUCUCCCCCCCCCCCCGCGCAUUUUUACCCCCCUCCCGCUCCCCCCUUGCAGGAAGAGCGUUCGCUCCGCCUAUCCCGCCAGCAGAAGCGUCAACGCAUGCUGCAGCGGGCGGCUGCCGCCCUUCCCCAGCUGGCGCAGCGCGUGUCAGAGGCGCCUCGCUUCCGAUUGGACGACUUUCUGGCGGCGCUUGACAGCCUGGCAGCGCUUCGAGGGAAGCUGAGAGCGGCCCUGGAGGCGCAGCAGAGGGAGGAGGAGGACGAGGAGGCGGAGAGGAGGGAAGAGGAGAGGAGGAGGGGGGAUAGGGGGGAGGAGAGGAGGGAUGGGGAAUGGAUGAGGGUUAUCGAGGAUGCCCUGAUGCUGCUGGAAGAGGAGUUUGAAGCGACUCUCUCCAAGCACGGCAAGCCUCUAGAUCUCGCAACACUAAAGUCCGCCCUUCAUGCCCAGAAUUUCGCCACUGCAGCUGCAGCUGGUGCUGCUGGUACAGGGGCAGCAGGGGCAGCAGGGGCAGCAGGGGGAGUGCCCUCUCUCCGUGCUCGUAGAGCGACAGGCGUCACCCCCAUCACCACCCGUUUCACUCGCACCUCCUCCGACUUCUCCCUUGCUGCUGCCGCAUCUGCUAGAGGGAACAUCAGCACUACCCCCACCAACCAGAGUAAUUCGACCAACAGCAGCAGCAGCAGCGCCAGCAGCACGGGUUUCUUGUCCCAGGACCAAUCGGGGCACUUGAGUGCUGCUGCUGCUGCUGCCGCCGCUGCUGCCGCUGCCGCUGCUGUUGGUGGUGGUGCGUCUGCUGGUCUUUGGCCUAUGUAUUCCGGACCCCUUCCCUCCACAGCGGCUUCUAACUCACCCUACGCAUCCCCAUACACUUCCGGUUACAUUCCCCAUAACGCAUAUGCUUAUAACGCGGUUGGUUCUUCUUCCUUCUCUGCCUCUCCCUCCUCCUCGUCUGCCUCCCCCUAUGCGCGCCCCACUCCCCCCCGCAUCACCAUCCCUAUCCAUCCGGACGAGGACGACGCCGAGUCUGACGCCAACGACCUCCCGAACCUGACUCCAGGUUCAGCAGCCAGGUCCGGGGGCGCCAAGCCUGUGAAUCAUCCGGGGCAGGAGGCUCGGUCGUCUACGGGGAGGGAAGCAGGGGGGGCAGGAGGGGGAGCAGGAGGGGCAGCAGGAGGGGCAGCAGGAGGGGGGGUGGGGGGAGUGGAUUGGCGGGUUGCGUUUAGUGAGUGGGGGGAGUGGUUACCAGUGGCAGAGAUUGGCUGGUUACGCAAGAUGGCCACACGGAUCGUUGCGAUUGGUGGGCUCACUCGCUGCUGUGCUAGAUAUUGCGCCGCCCGUGGCCCGAGCAUAGCGAGUGGCACGGCUUGUCUUGACCUGAAGGAGCGCAGCGUUGCUGAGCUGGAGGCCAUGCCGUGGAGCCAGCUGGAGCCCACCAUCAAGACGUGGCUGAGAGACGCCAACAUACUGAUCCGUGUGCUACUGGAGGGAGAGCGUCUCCUUUGUGAGGCAGUCUUAGAGGACGCCCCAGAGCUCGAUGCGGGCGGCGUCUAUCGGCAGCUUCUGUCGGCGUCGCUGUGCGUGGAGGGCUCGGUCGGCAAGCUGGUCGGCACGGCUCAUUCCAUUGCCGGGCUGACGCGGUCCCCUGAGAAAGUCUUUAGCUUCAUGGAAAUGUUCCGAGCGGCAACUGGGCUGAGGGAGCAGGUGCAAUCCGUGCUGAUAGCAGCAGCUGGGGUGGGAGGGGGUUCCUUAUGGCCACAGUGGCAAGCCCUCCCAGCGCUCCUAGCAUGUGCCGUAUUCGAGACAAUAGACGAGCUCAACAGCACACUGAGAGAUGUGGAUGGACUGACUCCAGCGGCUAUGCCCUCGCCCGUCGCUCCUAAGAAGAAGCUUCUAAGCAGGAUAAUUUCCUGGAAGGCGCAGGAGGUGAAGAGCCAGAGCGGGGAGGACGUGGAUGUGUCGGUACACGCGGUUACCAGCUACGUGGUCAACUACAUAGGGCAGCUGUUGGACAGAACCUCUCGAGGCAACGUCUGUGCUGUGCUGGAGGAGAUCUACCGGAGCCACGGGGCUGACCAUUUGAAAGAGUCCAGCAGCAGGCAGCAACUGCUCGCCCCCUUUUCCCUUGUGUCCCUCUCACCACCCUCAGAACUUCCCGUGCCAACUACUGACCUCUCGAGCCAACUACUGCGCUGUGUUGGAAGAGAUUUACCAGUGCCACGGGGCCGACCAUUUGAAAGAGCCCAGCACCAGGCAUCAACUGCUCGCCCCCUUUCCUUAUCUGUCCCUCUAACCACCCUCAGAACUUCCCGUGCCAACUACUGUGCUGUGCUGGAGGAGAUUUACCAGAGCCACGGAGGGAACACAUUUCAAUCUCCCCUCAUUCCCCCGCUCUUCUUCCACCCAUUCCUCUCCAUACUUCUUAUUCCGUCCCCCAGAACCUCUCGCGCCAACUACUGUGCUGUGUUGGAAGAGAUUUACCAGAGCCACGGGGCCGACCAUUUGAAAGAGCCCAGCAGUAAUAGCAGCAGCAGCAGCCAGCACCCCGGCCAUGCGCCACAGACGCCCGUGCAGGGAGCUGCAGGGACGCCCAAGGAAGCGGCACCUCUCCAAUACGCUGCUCCUGCUGCUGCUGCUGCUGUUGCCACUCCAGAUGUCCCGUCCAACUUUCCUACUGUCCUAGAGUCUGCUCCUGCUGCCGCUGCCCCUGCUGCUGCCACUGCUGCUGCUGCUGCCGCUGCUGCUGGCAGUGGUGGUUUGAAUACCGCACCAGAAACUCCCAAGGAAAGGGCUCGGGAUAGCCAGAAUGCUCUUGGUGGUGGUGGCAGUGGCGGUGGCAGCGUUCUCAGUGGCGGUGGGAAGAAGGGCAAGGGGGCGGGUGGGCGGCAGAGGAAGAGGCAGUUGGGGGCGGACAUGGAGGCACUGUUGGAUGCGCUCUAUUUCAACAUGGAGGCCCGCGGAAGAACUAUCGCUGAUGGUCCCCUUGCUGCUCUCUUUGUGCUGAAUAACGCCAACUACAUCGCUUCUUCCAUCUCCUCGGGUCGAAUGCGGGAUGCCAUCCGCCACUCAGACCGCCUGGCAGACUACGAGUCGGCCUUUGAGAGAGCAGCGCUGUGCAAGCUGCUGGCGUGCUUGGAGCCAUUGGAAGUGAGCGCCAAGAUGAGUGCGGACGGCGUGAAGCAGCGUUUGAAGCGGUUCAAUGCGGUGUUUGAGGAGGUGGCACUGGAGCAGCGGCGGUGGCUCGUGCUGAGCGACAGCUGUCGCAAGGCCAUGCGCGUGCGGUUCGCCAAGGUCAUCAAGGGAUCCUAUAUGGACUUCCUCACUCCCCACAGAUCACCCGGUUCCCCCGGUCCGCUUCUUCCGCGCGCCAUGUCUUCCGCCAAGGCCGCUGGAUCUCUGCUCCGCUUCAUCCCGCCGUCGUACCUUCCGCAGCGGAUGGAUGUACGGAGCGCCGUUACAUGGGGAACGACAGGAGUCGUCGGCGCGCUGUGGCUGAUUCAGCCUUUCGGUUGGAUCAAGGACCAGCCGGAGGACGACGAAGCACUGACAGGUCAGCCUGCGGCUCUUCCCGAUGACAUAGAAGUUGCAGACGCUUCCAGCGGCGCAGUCGGCGGCGGAAGCGGCGGAAGCGGUGGAGGCGGCGGGAUAGGCGGAGACGGCGCAGACACGUAUUCGGACGAUUGGGAGGAUCCGCUUCCCGGCGACCACCCUAACGGGGAUGACACGAUAGUAGACACGUCAGAUGACGUCGAAGCGGACGUUCCGCCGGGAAAUGCGGCGAGCCGUGGCGUUAUUCCGGGUAACCGCAAACCAGGCGAUUUGGUGCCGGGGGAAGAGGAAGGGGAGGCGGAGGGGGGAGCGGGGAGGGGAGUGAAGGGGGGAGCGGAGAUGGGAGUGAGGGCGCAAGCGGAGGGGGAAGCGGAAGGGGGGGGAGCGGAGGAGUGGGAGGCGCAAGAAGAAGCGGCGGAGGAGGAGCCGGAAAACCCGUGGAUUGAAAACGGGAGGGGGGAAGGCUCUUCCGCCGCUGUGGCGCAAGCGCAGGACUACCAGCCGGGCGGGGAGGAUGGAUUUGCGGAAGGGCUGAGCGGAAAGGCGGAGGCGCAAGCGCAGGACGAUCAGGCGGGCGGGGGAAAUGGUUUUGCGGAAGGGCAGAACGGAAAGGAGGAGGCGGAAGAGGAGCCGAGCAGCGAUUGGCCGGCGGGGGAAGCGGGGGAAAGCGCGGAACAGGAGGUCGGGGACGAGAGUGAGAGUGGCACUGCGACUAUCCAGGAAGCUGAUAACGGGUAUGGCGACACGGGCGGGACGUAUGAGCGGAAUGUGCCGGCGCAGGGGGGUGGGGGCGCGGAACAGCCCGCGCAAGGGGAGGCCUGGACCUUCGAGGAGGAUCAACCAGGGCAAGGCGGGCGGGAGCAAGGGGGGGCGAUGGGGGGACAGGUGGGGGGGGGAGAGCCCGGGGAAGGGGAAGGGGAAGGAGGAGCGGGAGAUGAGAGGGGGGACAAUAGCGAUUACUUUUUUCACGGGCAGGACCCAGAUGAGGAGGAAUGGCAGAAGCGGAAGCACAACUGGCAAAAUGCGGGUCCAAAUAGUGACUCUAACGACCCUAACGCUGCUGAUGACGCUAACGGGCCUAGUGACUAUAACGAAGCAGAGCAGACACAAACUUCUGGGAACCCCGCGGAUGCUAACCCUGAUGAUGGGAAUCCCGAUGACGAGCUGUUUUCUGACAACAAUCCGUCUAGUUCUGACGAAGCAUUUCCUGACAGCAGCAAUCCCGCCGCUCAGGACGCUGCUGCAGUUAAGACGGCAGACUCAGCUACCACUGGAUCAGGCUCGGAAGGAUCCGAACCUGCAGCUCUGGCGAGUAACAGUUACUCUGAAGGUUACCAGAAGAUGGCUGGCGGGCAGAUCAGCGCGGAGGGCAUCUUAGGGAUCGUGCUGGGAGUGACUCUGGGUGCUGGCCUAUGUCUUCUGGUAGUCUGUGUGUGCUGGGUGCGGCAACGGAACAUCAACCGGGCCAAAGAGUCUGAAGCCAUGACAGAAUACGUUGAUGACAGCAGCGAGGAAGAGGAUGAGGAGGGGUUGGAGGAAGCAGCAGACACAGCGCUCAUGGGAGGGAUAGUGGGAGCACACAGAGCCCUGGAUAUUGAGGCACAACAGGCAUUGAAGUCCUCCAAGCAUUGA